AUAAACUCGGUACAGAGAAGUACAUUGAUACACUCGAUUUAUGUGUUGAUCCUUUGCAAAGGAAUUUUUAAGGAUUUAUAUACGUCGACAUUUUCGAACAAUUUGUGAUUUUGAACAAGUUUCGUCAUCAUCCGUACAUCUUCUCAUAUGAUUGCGAACAGAAGCUGGGUUGUAAAUAGAAAAGAUACUGAGAGACCGUUCUAUGCAAACAUAAGGGAUACGAGACAAUAUGGCCACAAAGGAAAAGGGCUUUUUCAGCCUGUUUGGUUCUAAAUCAGAUAAACACAAGCCCCCUCCAGCAGGCCUUGGGGAGUUUGUGGGCAAAUGGAACGAAUUCCUUAAAGAAUUCCUUGCCCAAGCCAAACAAGAGUUCCAAGAGAAAUGGGACAAACCAGCACAGAAUACUGCCUCAUUAGAUGACUUCGACAGAAUCAAAACUUUAGGAACAGGUUCAUUUGGUAGAGUAAUGCUAGUACAACAUAAAGCCACAAAAGAAUAUUAUGCUAUGAAAAUAUUGGAUAAACAAAAGGUGGUCAAAUUAAAACAGGUAGAGCAUACUCUAAAUGAGAAGAGGAUAUUACAAGCCAUCACAUUUCCCUUCCUAGUCAGAUUAGAUUAUUCAUUUAAGGACAAUUCCAACUUAUACAUGGUACUGGAGUUUGUCACUGGUGGAGAGAUGUUCUCCCAUUUAAGAAGAAUUGGAAGAUUUAGCGAACCCCAUUCUCGAUUUUAUGGGGCUCAAAUAGUGCUGGUAUUGGAAUACCUUCAUCAUUUAGAUGUUAUGUACCGCGAUCUUAAACCAGAAAACUUGCUCCUUGACACCCGUGGGUACCUUAAGGUGACAGAUUUUGGGUUUGCCAAGAGAGUGAAGGGAAGGACUUGGACCCUAUGUGGGACCCCUGAGUACUUAGCACCAGAGAUCAUUCUCAGCAAGGGGUACAACAAAGCUGUAGAUUGGUGGGCUCUAGGUGUUUUAGUUUAUGAAAUGGCAGCUGGCUACCCACCUUUCUUUGCCGACCAGCCAAUUCAAAUCUAUGAAAAGAUUGUCUCAGGAAAGGUCCGCUUCCCAUCUCACUUUAGCGGGGAUUUGAAAGAUCUUUUACGUAACCUCCUUCAAGUGGAUCUUACUAAACGAUACGGCAACCUCAAAAAUGGUGUGAAUGAUAUCAAAAAUCACAAAUGGUUCUCUACAACAGAUUGGAUAGCUAUUUACCAGAAAAAGGUUGAAGCCCCAUUCAUUCCCAAGUCUCGUGGCCCUGGAGAUGCUAGCAACUUUGAUGACUAUGAAGAGGAGCCUCUACGUAUAUCUAACAAUGAGAAAUGUGCAAAGGAAUUCGCUGAUUUCUAAAGUGAUGAAUGGAGCAAAGUACAGGUGGUUGUUAUUGGGAUGUUUGUGGAUGGACAGUUGAAGGAUUGUAGCAUUGACUUGAAGAUGUUCAGGGAUGACACAGUACAGGAAUGUCACCAUGCAGCAAGGUCACAAUGCUGGGAUGUCAAAUUGUAGUUUUAUACCUAUAUAACAACCAGCUGUUUGAUUGUGUCAUUACUUGGUGCUCUCUUGGGGGCUGGACAGAUGUGUAUAUAUCGGGAAAGGAUAAAAACCAGGCUGUGCAUACUACAUGUAGCAUGAGACUACAUUAAAGUGUAGACACUUCGCAUGUAGUCUACAUAUUGCAUUAUUAGACUACAUGUA